CCAUGAUAGUUGUCAAUUCCGCCAUGGCCUCGUCAGAUUCAACCCGCCUGAACCUGGCCACGGCCUCGCGGGACUUCCUGGCCACAGUGGACUAUCCCUUGCGGCCCGUGGUGGCCAGAACCUGGAGCAAGCCUUCCAGGCCCCGGUCACGAUGGACCUGUAGCUACUUCCCCCAGUCGUUCCCGGUAUACCGGAUGCAGCGGGUGGUGAGCGUGGUGCUUUGUCUCCUGGGACUCUUGCUCCUCUCCGUCGUCGCCUUCGUCCUAGUUCAGGUCACGCCCUCCACCCAGAUCCUGAGGGGAGAACCUACGCCAUCACUUCGUCCCUCAGAACCACUGAGGGACCCGGACGAUAGAAAAUGGGACGUGAGCAUAGGGAGAACUGCGAGAAAGUUGGAAGACCAUCCUGAGUACAAGCGCAGCGUGGAGGAGGUGUACAGUGAGGACGAGACAGAAGACGAGGACGACUUGAUACUGAAUGAAAGCUACGACGAGAACUACGACAACCAGGAAGAUGACGAGUACAACCCCGUGUUCGACAUGAAAUACUUUGACUUCUCCAUCAAGGAUGUCGACGGCGACCUCAACGAGGAGGUUAAACAGGAGCAACAGGAGAAGGAGGAAGAACCGGAAACAGAAGACAAAGUGGAUUCAUCUUCCACGGCCUUCAAGACACCACAAGUGGGUGAGAAGUGGUUAAACCUGCCGGAGGUGAGCCUCGUUAACGACUACAGCGUGGAGGUCAUUGAAGAGGGCGUGAUCUUCUCGAGGGCGGUGGAGGCCCUCCUGCAGGAGGCGGGGAUGAGCGACGGGGCCGUGGGUGAGGUGCAGGAGCAGCUGAGGUCGCGGGAGGUCAAGGGACUGCAGGAGCCCACCUGGGAGAGGUGUGGGCGGCCCAAGAACCAGUGGGUGGAGCUGGGCGGGAACACCGCCGCCUGCGCCCGCUACAGGUACCCUGACGACUACUUGCUCCUAGGAGAGGUGCUGAGCUUUUACUUGGCCCGGCUCCUGGGUGUGGGCCACGUGCCCCCCGUGGUCCUCAGCGAACCCUCGACCCCUCGCUGGGCCCCCGUGACCUCCAAGAUGGCCCUCGCCGGCUGGGGGGACGCUCCGGUCGUCGUCCUUACCCCUUGGAUCGAGGGCUUGGUCAGGGACCACAUGCCUUCUAUUCUCCUGGAUAUUAUCCUCAAGAACUCCACCCUGAGCAUACUGGAGGAGGCGGCGACGACGACGACGACAGAGGCGUCCCCACAGCCCAGCGAGAACCCGCACAAGCUCUACAAAGUUGCCAGAGUCACAGAGCAAAAGAGCCAGGCGGGGGGCGGCUCAGGUGAGCAAGCAGAGGGCUCGAGAAGGGAGGUAAGAGGCAGCCAGGCCCUGAAGCAGGCGUCGGAGAGGGACCUGGCGCGGCUGCUGCAGUGGAGCGACCUCCUGGUCUUCGACUACCUCACGGGGAAUUAUGAUCGCGUCGCUUACAUGCAGGACGCCGCCGACAAGGAGCGCCGCCCCCAGAUACUGACUACUACUAUUCACAACCUGGUCCGGAGUGAGAAGACGGAUGCCAUCUGGCUCCUGGACAAUGAGUCAGGCCUCAUGGACGCCUACACGCUGCUCUACGGGGCAGCCGACUCCGCCCAGUCCUCGAGGUUCAGCGCCUUCCACACCCGCAUGUUGGAGUCCCUGUGUGUCUUCAGGAGGUCCACCAUGGAGGCCGUGCUGGGCCUGGCUCACCAGCCCCAGCCUCACACACUGCUGGUGGAGUUUGCCAAGACACACGAGCCACUCUUUGGCAAGUUGCCCGACCCACUCAGCAAUGAGCUCUUCGUCAAGCACUUCCCGCAGCGGCUAGGGCAAGUGCGUGACUGGAUGACUAAAUGUAUUGACAGAGUCCGGAAGGAGACCAACAACACACUAGGACAAAUAUGAUUGAAUGUUAACCCUUGAUAUAUAUUUUUUGUACUAAAAAUAAAUAAAUAAAUAUAUGUACAGUA